AUGUCACGUUUGCAGUGUCUAGAUUUAAAAUUUGUCUUCAGACUGCUUAAUGUAGCUGGAGUAAUUGGAAAAUACCGUUUGUCUAUUGGUUGCCGGUAUUACUCGAAAGUUAGUGAUUGGGGAACUAAAAAGAGCGGUUCACUUGUAAAGCUUGUUUAUUAUCCAGAAGGUAUGGCCGAUCCACAAGUCGAAGUAAUUUUAGCUCCGCUGAGAGCAGAUGUGAAGAAACAAGGUGACUUGGUGAGGUCAUUAAAAGAAAAUAAUGCUUCCGAUAUGGAAGUGAAAAGGGCUGUUGGAGAGUUAAAAGCCUUAAAAAAACUAUUAGAUGACAAGGAGCUUUCAUUGCAACCACCAUCUGAGAUAUUCAAUAGGUCUAAAUUUGCAGAUCUUAUGAUCCGUCGAUUCUUUUAUGAUCAAUCGUUCUCUAUUUAUGGAGGUGUUGCUGGAUUGUAUGAUUUUGGACCAAUGGGUUGUGCAUUAAAAUCAAAUAUUUUGGAACAAUGGAAACGGUUUUUUGUUCUUGAAGAACAGAUGCUUGAAAUUGAUUGUUCAAUGUUAACACCUGAACGAGUUUUAGAGACUUCAGGUCAUGUAGAGAAGUUUGCUGAUACUAUGGUGAAAGAUAAGAAAACAGGAGAGUGCUUCAGGCUUGACCAUUUAAUCAAGAAUCGGCUAGAAACUUUAAUCAAGGAUAAAAAACAAACAUCUGAAAUUAAAGAAGAGUGUAAAGACAUAAUAAUUAAAUUAGAUGGUAUGACUACAGAGCAAAUGUCUGACAUUGUCAAGAAGUUUAACAUGAAAUCGCCUACUACUGGCAAUGAUCUUUCUGAACCGGUUGAUUUUAAUCUUAUGUUUGCCACUCAAAUUGGGCCUACUGGAGACCAAAAAGGAUUUUUGAGGCCAGAAACUGCUCAAGGUAUUUUUGUCAAUUUUAAACGUUUACUUGAGUUCAAUCAAGGAAGAUUGCCAUUUGCUGCUGCUCAAAUCGGAAAUGCUUUUCGGAAUGAAAUAUCUCCUCGUUCUGGUUUAUUAAGAGUUCGGGAAUUUACUAUGGCUGAAAUUGAACAUUUCUGUGACCCAAGUGAUAAAUCACAUUCUAAAUUUAGUGAUGUAGAAAAUACUGUAAUGAAAUUAUAUAGUGCUUGUAAUCAGAUGGAUGGUCAACCUCCAAUUGACAUUACAAUUGGUCAAGCUGUAUCUAAAGGCUUGGUUGCUAAUCAAACAUUAGGAUAUUUCAUGGCUCGUAUUUUUAUGUUUAUGAUAAGAAUUGGAAUAACCAAAGAAAAAUUAAGAUUCCGACAACAUAUGUCAAAUGAAAUGGCUCAUUAUGCUGUUGAUUGCUGGGAUGCUGAGUGUCUUACCUCUUAUGGUUGGGUUGAAUGUAUUGGUUGUGCAGAUAGAUCAGCUUAUGAUCUUACUAAACACGGUGAAGAAACUAAACAAAGAUUGGUGGCUGAAAGGAAAUUACCUGCUCCAAAAACUAUUCAAGUUACUGAAUUGGAAAUGGAUAAAGGUCUAAUUGGUAAGACAUUACGCAAAGAUUCUAAAGAAUGCGUUGAAAAAUUAUCAAAACUAUCUAUAGACGAAGUUAAAAAACUUCAUGAAUUCAUUGACAAUGAAAAACCAGAUCCGAAAACUGGCUUAACUUUAUGUAAAAUUGGUAACAAAGAGUUCCAAAUCAAUAAACAAAUGAUUCCUCUAAAUUCUUAUUCAAAAACCGUGCACGUUGAAGAGAUUGUUCCUAACGUUAUAGAACCAUCAUUUGGUAUUGGCCGAAUUAUUUACACAUUAUUAGAACAUACAUUUAAAAUACGUGAAAAAGAUGAACAAAGAACAUACUUAUCUUUGCCUCCACUAGUGGCACCUUUAAAAUGUUGUGUUCUUCCAUUACUUGAUAAUGAUAAAUUCACACCACUUGUUACAAUAUUAUCUAAGACCUUAUGCCUAAAAGGCAUCUCCAACAAAAUUGAUGAUUCUAGUGGUUCAGUAGGACGUCGUUAUGCAAGAACUGAUGAGAUUGCUGUACCAUAUUGCAUUACAGUAGAUUUUGAAUCAUUGAAUGAACCUCAAUCAGUAACAAUACGAGAAAGGGAUUCAAUGGAACAAAUCCGAGUACCUGUGGCCGAAGUUGUGGAUUUGAUGUACAAUCUAUCACAAGGCAAUAUUGAUUGGAAUGUAGCAAAAACUAAAUAUCCUAAAUUUGAGUCUCAGCAAUCAAAUGAAUAAUUUCAUAUUUAUAUUAAAAUACUAAUCGAAUAAAACUUCAUUUUUAAUUAAAACAAAA